AUGAUUGGCUUUGGUUUCCACGGGUCAGGCACGGCAGUUCCGGCGCUUGUCAUGAAUAAUAGGUCACAGUCCCAGGUGCUCUGGCGCGUCUUGCUCUGCGACCUGGGGGUGGAACUGGAUGCAGGACGUUUCUUUUUCAUGCACACGGCAGAAUCUAAAAAUGCGCAGCACAGUCGCUGGGCGAGCGGACAGUCAUCCUUUGCCCGUUUAGGCGCUCUUAACCACACAUCCUGCCUCAAGCCACCGUCCCAGAUCCAAAACGUUUCAUCUCCUCCAUGCAUUGACAACGCUGUCAGCACAGCUUCUCCACAAACACGGACGAGCGGCUGUCACGAACAUGAGAAGAAAAGCAACCAACGCGAAAAAGAACUGGAAGCGGAACACAAAUGGGAGCAUGGCACUGCGCGUUGA